AUGUCUGACGACGCUGACAAUUGUCCCGACGAGCGUCUCCCGCAAAGGUUAUUUGCCACUGACCGGUUUCCUAUCUGCCGGUUAAAUGUCUACUCGAAACCAGAAAUCCUCACAGUUGUUCGUCACGUCCUUCGGGAUUCUCCAGAACUUGACCGUAUUUUAAAUUCCAGCUUUGGUGGGCUCUUCAAUUUACCCGCCAACAGGGCGCCCAUAUCCUGCAAACUUAUACAGGCCGUCAUAGCCAGACAAUUGGUGACCAAACAUAAGUAUGAGCUAUGGACGGUUUUCGGUGGUCAGCCACUACGAUUUUCUCUAUUCGAGUUCCAAAGCAUUACAGGCCUGAACUGUUCCUUGUUCGAAGAGGGCUACCAAACUCCAUCCUCCGAGGUAAGUCUCAAAGAACCGGAUCUAUAUUGGAGAAGAUGGAUUGGAGACGAUGUCAAAACAACCUGCGCCGAUAUCGCAACAUGGCUUCGGGAUGACAAGGAAAUGUCUAGCGACCGCCGCAUACGUCUAGCUCUCCUUCUAAUUGUCGACUGUGUUCUUGUUGCCAACCACCAAACCCACACUCCGACCCCCCAUUAUGUGCAAAUGGUCGAUAAUCUAGAACAGUUCCUGAAGUUCCCAUGGGGCCGAGAGUCAUUCAUUAAAAUAUUGUGGUCGAGCAGACCUCCUACAGCUACCGGAGCCAAGUUAAAAGAUGGUCCAGUCCCUCUUUUUUGCAAACAGCUCCAGCAGAAAUCUAUAAAGCUUAACGGGUUUCCUCUCGUUCUACAGCUCCUUGCUUUCAGAGCUAUUCCAGCUCUUCUAGAGAAGCUUCCAGAUCCCUCCGAUCGUCUUACUAUACUAGAUUUGUCUGGUGAAGGUUUCCCAAACAACGCGGCUGUCACACUGAACGAUGUACUUGAUUCCGAGAUUGAUUGCAAUGUAAGAUCGCGAUUUCCUUUUCAACGUUAUAGAUUGGCAACUUACUUUUCAUAG